AUGGCGGGCUGCCGGCGGCUGAGCGGCGCGGGCCUGCGUGAGGUGCUGGGCCCCGCGCAGGGGCUGCUCUUCGACUGCGACGGCGUGCUGUGGGCGGGCGAGCGGGCCGUGCCCGGCGCCCCCGAGCUGCUGGAGCGGCUGCGGCGCAGCGGCAAGGCCACGCUCUUCGUGAGCAACAACAGCCGCCGCUCCGUGGCCGAGCUGGAGCGGCGCUUCAGCCGCCUCGGCUUCCGCGGCGUCCGCGCCGAGCAGGUCUUCAGCUCGGCGCUCUGCUCCGCGCUCUUCCUGCGGCAGCGCCUGGGCGGCGGCGCCGAGCCCGGCCGCGUCUUCGUGCUGGGCGGCGAGGGGCUGCGCGGCGAGGUGCGCGACGCCGGGCUGCGCCUGGCGGGCGAGGGCGAGCAGGGCUGCGGCGACGCCGGGCCCGUGCGCGCCGUCCUCGUGGGCUACGACGACCAGUUCACCUUCGCCAAGCUGGCGCAGGCCUGCGGCUACCUGCGCGACCCGCAGUGCCUCCUGGUGGCCACCGACCCCGACCCCUGGCACCCGCUCAGCGACGGCCAGCGCACCCCCGGGACGGGCAGUCUCACAGCAGCAGUGGAAACUGCCUCUGGCCGCAAGGCGCUGGUGGUGGGGAAGCCGAACACCUACAUGUUUGAUUGCAUCGUGGAGCGCUUCGGUGUAGACCCCUCCCGCACCCUCAUGGUUGGAGACCGCCUGGAGACAGAUAUCCUCUUCGGCAAGAACUGCGGCCUCUCCACCAUCCUUACCCUGACGGGAGUCUCCCGCUUGGAAGAGGCACAGGCCUAUAUGGCCAGUGACAGCGCUGCUGCCAAGGAUCUCGUGCCCAAUUACUAUGUGGACAGCAUUGCAGACUUGAUACCAGGCCUGGAUGAGUAGUGUUUGGUAUAUGUGAGGGGAAACUGAUUGGAUUCCUUAUCCCAGAUCUCCAUCUGUUCCCCACUCUCUCUUUCAGCCCUAUUUCCUCAAUUUUUUUUUUUUUCUCACAUUCCAGUACCCUUCUUUAGGGGCAAAGACAGUGGGGGAAGCAGGAGAACAGUGUUCAGAUUGUCUCCUUUCCAUGACAGAAUCCUUCUCUGCCUCCUUGCCAGCUGCCAGCAUCUCUGAAAGAGAGCUGGAGCGGCCUUGAGCAUGAUGGGAGCCAAAUCAGAGUGUGGCUGUGGCAUCUGUCCCUGCUAGGGACCGUCUGUCUUGUUUAUUUUUCUCCUAGAGAAUCAGUGGUGGCCUUUUACUGCUGUCCCUUCUGUCAUGUAACUCUUCCGAGCUGCAGCCCCUGCACUCCUUGUAGUAACCUCCUCCUUGCCAGGGUAUCAGCUGUCUUGUCACCCUCUCUGUCUCGGGCAGUGCCAGAAGGAGCGUGUCAGGGCUCUGAAGCCAUGAAUGAGCCUCCCACAAGCACGAGUGAAAGGGAGCCCCACCUCUUCUAUCCCCUGUUCCUCAGAGAUGUUUCCCUCCAACCCCCUGCUGUGGUUUCUUUAAUAAUUAUGCUGGUGUCUGAAGGACUGUAGAACGAGGAGACAGACUGUCCGUUUCUGUGCCAAACAAUUCAGGCAGGCUGUGACUGUGCACAGUGGUUCUGUGAUUGUAAUUUUCUUUUUUUUUAACCCUGUUGCCCUCCCAAGGGGCUUGUGAAGGGGAGAGGGCCCCUAGAUCAAGAACAGAGAGCAGUGAUGGACCACAUGGCUCUCCCUUUCCCCCUGCUCAGUGGAUUUUGCCAUAGCAUGGUGAGAAAAGGGCUGCUGGGGGUCUGUGCUCCAGCCA